AUGGCUUCUGAGUCGGGCUUCGGCUCUCAUAAUCCCUUCCGUCGCAAGACAACCGCCGCCCCGGGCACUGGAGCUCAAGCUCACGACGGAGCUGGAGCUGGAGCUGCCCCGCCUUCGUCCUCAGUAUUACACGCGGACGCACGAGCUCCCACCUUUGGCGACGAUGACGCCCCGUGGCCGCAGGCACCACAUCGUCCCAGCGGUAACGACUUUGCUAGGUCCCUGAACUUGCUCCCCAAAACCGAUGCUCCUCCUCCGACCACCUCGUUUCAGAAGAAGAAGCCCGUCAAGAAAGUUAGGGUUCAGAGCCCCCCGCCCUCGAGUCCCGAGUCCGCCAGCGCCGAACGCUCGUAUCCCAAAUACCCGCUUCCCCCACGAGAAGACGGCGACAGCAGCAGUGCCAGCUCUCCGUCUGUUAAUGGCGAAGCAGAAGACCCUUUCCAGAAUGAGGCGCCGCCGCUUCCCGAAGAUGCCUUUCCCCCAAUGGAGAGGAUAGAAGCCGCCCAGCCGCAGCCUUACACCGGGCGCGGGCCGCCUCCCAACCCUUUCCAAAAGACAUUAGAGGACAUGGAGCAAGCUGCAAAGGACGGCGGGUUGAACUCAGCAGAGCAUGCCUCUCCGGCAGGGAAAGGUCUGGACGUUGAGGCCUUCAAGAAGCUACUGCUGACCGGGCAGGGACCCGUUCCCGGGGCUGCCGGCACGUCGGGUUCGGCCACUUUGCACCCCACAGGUAUGGCCGGUGAUGGAGGGAGCAUGACGGAUGCCUCGUCGGUAUCACGACAAUCCAUCUUUGAGGCCAAUAAUCAUACGCAAGAAUCACCAAGGACGUCACACGAGAUAUCCGAGCCAGAAGGCGACGAGGAAAAGCGUAGUCUGAUAAGUACGCCUCAGCCAAAGCAAUCCGGAUCACGAAAGAAGUUGCCGCCCCCUCCUCCAGCAACAAGACACGGCAAAUCCAUCAAGGUCGGACCGGUCGAUCAGAACCGGCCUCAAGCAUUGGAGCGCCGGGCCUCUGGAGGAUUGGCUGAUUCGUCGUCCGGCCGGAGGUCUUCUCUCAGUCCUACGGAUAUCAACAAACCACUUCCUGCGCCUCCGUCGCGAUCCGAAAAUGACCCUAAGGAGAGCAUAUUCGACCAGGAAGCCGCAGGCAAACUGCCCGAGGUCGACAUUGAUCCUGAAGCCGACGUCGUGCCUCCGCCGAGACCACCCACCCCGCCAAACAUGUCACAUUCUUCCUCUACUCCUGUACAAAAUCCAACGUCAACGUUGAGGAAACCCGCCCCGCCUCCGCGCAGAGGGGCGCAUGGCAGGUCCGAGAGCAAAUCACAGGCCGAGCUCCCCGAAGAACCGGCCACACCCUCUCGCUCUUCGAUGGAUUCGGUCAGGUCGCGCUCGUCCAGCAUACGACUGAGCACUGCUGCUCCAGUCCCGCCUCCGCCGAGGAGGCCAGCUGGCCAUCGGUCAUCGCCAUCUGUUUCUAGCCCCGUCGCGACUACUCAUUCCCCUGCAUUUCCGUUCCCAGCUGGACCGUUGAGUCCUACUGGUGAUGUGACAGGCUUCACACCUGUUCCCUCCCAUCUUGCUACCGAUGCGAGUAGUACUACAACAGGCUCAAGUACUUCUCUGGCUCCUCAACAACAUCCGGGCGUCUCCAAAUUGUCGCCACCUCCACCGCCGCAACGAAACCCAUCCCUGCGCAAGGGCGGUGCUGUCUCGUCCAACAAACCAAACUCAUCCAAUCCUCUUGACGCGCCCGCGCGGAAAGCCGGCCGCGAAGGCGCCGUGCCGCCACCUCCGCCUCCGAGGAAAAGGGGCAGCAGCCGUGGCAGCAUGGAGGGCUCGGCGCUGGAUCCCAAGGGGAACAGUACGGAGAGCUUGCGGAAAGUUUCCGGUGACAGCACCGCUGGGAACGUGCCGCCCGUGGCCGAGGAGAUCGAGGUCGCGGAUGUGACCCCGUCGGACGAAGGCAUCCAGGCAAUGCUGGCGGACCUGGACGCGCUCCAGAGGGAAGUGGAGGCCGCGAGGGCGGCUGCUGCUGGGGGCGGUGCUUAG